AUGCCUCACACUGACAUUUUCCUGGCUUUGACACCUGAUCUUUUGCACCAGAUUCAUAAGGGUGUGUUCAAAGACCACCUCAUCAAGUGGUGUCUCGAAAUUAUUGGCGAGGAAGAAAUGGACGCACGAUUCAAGGCAGUCCCAGAUUAUUCUGGACUUUGGCACUUCAAAAAAGUUUUUAUGGGGAUACUGACUGGAGCGGUACCUAGUUGCAUGUUGGCGGUGGCACGUGCUAUUCUUGAUUUCUUGUAUUAUGCCCAGCUUCACAUUCACACAGCCAAGUCAUUGGAUGCCCUACAGACUGCCUUAGCAGUGUUUCACACUAAUAAAGAUGUCUUGAAGGAACUUGCUAUACACGAACAUUUCAACAUACCAAAAAUACAUCAACUCACUCAUUACGUUCAGUCAAUUUCAUUAUUUGGAGCGGCUGACGGAUUUAACACAGAACUUCCUGAACGUUUGCAUAUAGACUUUGCGAAGGACGCUUACCGUGCUAGCAACAAACGAGAUUUCGAGGAGCAGAUGGUCUUGUGGCUUCAAUGCCAGGAAGCCGUCUUCUUAUGCAGUACUUACCUUGAUUGGCUGUCACAGCAGCCUCUCUCUGCUGCAGGUCACACAGCUGUGGCGGUCUCGCACUCUGAUUGA